AUGCCCAUGCCAACUGGAAUUCGCGGCUCUAUCAAGUCUACAAAAACAUCAAAGUCCAUUAAAGUCAAUUCUCAUGAGAUUCCUGAUCUUGAAGAAAGAAGGGAUUCGAGAACAAGCCCCGAGCGAAAAUCAUCCGUCGGCGUUAUGGAUUUCUUCAACAAGGAAAAACGACAUAGCAUUGGCUUGGGAGGAAAGGGAUCCAAUACUCCAGCCAAAGGCAGCCCUAAGAACAGCCCCAAACUUGCUCCAACAAAGCCUGCCAAGUUGGCCAUCGACAUGGAAUCGCCGCCUCUCGUCUUCUACGGCAAUCCGAACCAGUCAACCGGUGCCCUCCUUUCCGGCCAACUCCUCCUCACAGUCACCGACCCUGGGAUCAAGCUCCAGAAUUUUCAAAUGACCCUCAUCGCACGGGUCACAAACAAGAGACCCAUCACCAAAGACUGUCCCAACUGUCAGGUGAAAGACACCGAUCUUUUUACCUGGAAAUUCCUCACCGAGCCCACUCACUACAAGCCCGGCAUCCACACCUUCCCCUUCUCUUAUCUGCUGCCAGGCCACCUGCCCGCUACCUCCCACGGUGAGCUUGGACACAUAGACUACGUUCUGGACGGCCGUGCCGUCUGCGCCGUGUCCGAUACCAUCACUGUCUCCCGUACCCUGACAGUCCAACGCGCACUGCCAGGCAGCGACAAAAUCUCCGUCCGCGUCUUUCCUCCUACGAAUUUGAACGUGAAGGUAGUUAUACCUAGCGUCAUCCACCCAAUCGGCGAAUUCGCCGUUCAGAUGAGCAUGACUGGUAUCAUAGACAAUAGCUUGAAGAACAUUCAGAGGCGCUGGCGCAUCAGACGUAUGAACUGGAAGAUAGAAGAGAAUAGCAAGAUCAUCAGCCCCGCUUGUCCCAAGCAUACGAACAAAGUGGGCGGCGAGGGCAAGGGUAUACUACAUGAAGACACACGCUCGAUUGGUGGCGAUGAAAUGAAGGAUGGAUGGAAAACGGAUUACGAUACGCAGGGCGGUGAAAUUACCCUGGAAUUCAUGGCCGCUAUCAGACCCAGCUCUCAGCCCGUCUGCGAUGUCGAUUCGCCUACUGGUCUUACCGUACAUCAUAACCUCGUCCUCGAAAUCAUCGUCGCGGAAGAGCAGACGACGGGCAAAAGUACCAAGGGUGCUAUGCCGACCGGCUCGGCGAGGGUGCUGCGGAUGCAGUUCAAGACUACGGUCACAGAGAGGGCUGGUAUGGGAAUCAGCUGGGACGAGGAGAUGCCGCCUAUAUACGAGGACGUGCCCUCGAGUCCACCAGUUUACGCUGGGAUGGAGGACUUUGUGGGCGAUUUGCCCGCGGAUGAAUCGUUGGAGCAUAUGCAGCGCUGA